AUCUUGUUUGGUUUCGCUGAAAUCAAGUCAGAUUUCUAUUGAGAACGAUGAAAUUUAAGCUUCUGAUUCUCCUAUACGAUGUCGGCUUCGCUCAUAAUCGAUUAGGAGUUGGCAAGAGGACAAAUGAAGCCAGAGGCCUUGAGCUUAACGGAUACUCUCCUUGUGUUAUCUAUCCAUCCUCUCCAUUUAUCUCCUCAACAAGGACAAGACUGGGAAUCUCUCCGGUCAUGUUGAUAGCUGGAAACGCUUUGAAUUGCUUAUUCAUUGAUUCCAGUGGCUUCCAGAGAUAUUUGGGUUUUGGACUCGCUAAUUUCAAUGGUGUUACUGUUAAAAGCUAUAAGCAAGAGGGGUUUGUCAUAGAUGAACGUGGGAAAUUAAAAAGAUUUAGUAGGAAGAAACUCUCCAGGAAGCGAUGUGGCUCGUUGAGAGGGCGAGGAUGGAAAUAUGGAUCCGGGUUUGUCGAUGGGAUCUUUCCUGUUCUGAGUCCCAUUGCUCAGAAGAUUCUGAGUUUUAUUCAGAAAGAAACUGAUCCUGACAAAGUAGCUGAUGUCCUUGGAGCUCUUCCUUCUACACAUGCCUCAUGGGAUGAUCUAAUCAAUGUUUCUGUGCAACUUCGUUUGAAUAAGAAAUGGGAUUCCAUUAUCCUGGUGUGUGAGUGGAUUUUAAGGAGGGGCUCCUUUCAGCCUGAUGUAAUCUGCUUCAAUUUGCUUAUAGAUGCUUAUGGACAGAAGUUCCGGUACAAGGAGGCGGAAUCACUCUAUGUACAACUUCUUGAAUCCCGCUGCGUGCCUACGGAAGACACAUACGCUCUUCUUAUAAAGGCAUACUGUAUGGCCGGGCUCAUAGAGAAAGCUGAAGCUGUUUUAAUUGAGAUGCAAAAUCAUCAUGUUUCUCCAAGUGUUACUGUAUACAAUGCCUAUAUUGAGGGGUUAAUGAAGAGGAAAGGAAACACCGAACAAGCAAUCGAUGUUUUCCAGAGGAUGAAGCAUGAUCGAUGCAAACCAACCACUGAAACUUACAACUUGAUGAUAAAUUUAUACGGAAAGGCAAGUAAAUCAUACAUGUCCUGGAAAUUGUUUUGUGAAAUGAGAAGUCACCAAUGUAAACCGAACAUCUGCACAUACACAGCGCUCGUGAAUGCAUUUGCUAGAGAAGGUCUUUGCGAGAAAGCUGAAGAAAUAUUUGAACAGCUUCAAGAAGAUGGGCUUGAACCUGAUGUCUAUGUCUAUAACGCUCUCAUGGAGGCAUAUAGUCGUGCAGGUUAUCCUUAUGGUGCUGCUGAGAUUUUCUCUCUAAUGCAACAUAUGGGAUGUGAACCAGACAGAGCUUCCUACAAUAUCAUGGUCGAUGCAUAUGGCAGAGCAGGUCUUCACUCAGAUGCAGAAGCUGUGUUUGAAGAAAUGAAGAGGCUAGGCAUAUCACCGACAAUGAAAUCCCACAUGCUGCUUCUAUCAGCUUACUCUAGAGCCAGAGACGUAACAAAAUGUGAAGCCAUUGUGAAAGAAAUGAGCGAAAACGGAGUAGAACCAGACACAUUUGUCCUAAACAGCAUGCUCAACUUAUACGGCCGGUUAGGGCAGUUCACCAAGAUGGAAAAGAUUCUAGCUGAGAUGGAGAACGGUCCUUGCACUGCGGACAUAAGCACAUACAACAUUUUGAUCAAUAUCUACGGUAAAGCCGGGUUCUUGGAAAGAAUUGAAGAGCUUUUCGUCGAGCUCAAGGAGAGGAAUUUCAAACCAGACGUUGUGACAUGGACCUCAAGGAUCGGUGCUUACUCAAGGAAGAAACUGUAUGUGAAAUGUCUAGAGAUUUUUGAAGAGAUGAUUGAUUCAGGUUGUGCACCAGAUGGAGGAACAGCUAAGGUCCUUCUUUCUGCUUGUUCUAGUGAAGAUCAAGUGGAACAAGUAACUUCAGUGCUUAGAACAAUGCAUAAGGAUCUCGAAAAAAUGGCUUGUAGACUCUUGUGGGCUUCUAGGGUUGCUUCUCAUCUAAGGAUCUCCGUUUCUCAACGAGGGUUUUCUUCCGUGGUUUUGAAGGAUUUGAAAUAUGCUGAUUCACAUGAAUGGGUGAAGAUUGAUGGGAAUAAAGCAACCUUUGGUAUAACGGAUCACGCCCAGGACCAUUUAGGAGAUGUGGUCUAUGUGGAGUUACCUGAUGUGGGACAUUCAGUGUCACAAGGGAAGAGUUUUGGAGCGGUCGAGAGUGUGAAAGCGACUAGCGAUAUCAAUUCUCCAGUCUCGGGUACGGUGGUUGAAGUCAAUGAGGAGCUGACCGAGUCCCCUGGAUUGGUGAACUCUAGCCCGUAUGAACAAGGAUGGAUCAUAAAGGUUGAGCUGAGUGAUGCAGGCGAAGCAGAGAAGCUGAUGGAUUCAGACAAGUACUCUAAGUUCUGCGAAGAAGAAGACGCCAAACACUGAGCUUUUUUAUGUUUUCCAGACCCUUCUCGUCGUUUAGACUGCAACACAGAUUGUUGUUUUCUCAGUCGAGGAUCAAAACGUGAUUCUCCAUCUUUGUCCAUUGGACCGAAAAUUCCUAUCUCU